UUUGAAGAUCGAAUCAAGUUUUUCUUUUUUUUCAUCAAUAUAAUCUAUUAUUUCUUUAUUUUAUUAUGAUCAGAUCGCGAGAAGUAUCAGAUAUCUAAAAUUGUGAUGACACAUGAUUAAUUAUUAUUUAAAUUUUAUCUACAUUAUAAUUAAUUGUCGGAAGUGCCAUUAAUUUCAUUGCAAACAUGAAUAUUGCAAGAAAAUUAGAAAAUGCAGAAGAAACGAUGUUACUUCUCCUCACUAUAAAAGAACGUAAUAAAAUUAAUUAUUUCUAUUUUGUUGAAUUUCGAUUAAAUUUUCGUCAUUCAGGAGAGAUGGUUUUUAUUCUUUCUACUGCUUCGCGAAAAAUCGAGAAACUUUAUUUUUAAUUUUGCGAAACUGAAAAGUAUUUUUGUUCACAAUCACUAUAUUGCUUUGAAUUUAAAAAAUUAAUUGUAAUAUUGAUCAUUAAUCCAAAAUAUAUAGAACAUUUCAGAUAUAUCAUACUUGAAUUUUAUGUUUUAGCUCUCGUUUGCAGAAUGAAUAAUUAAUUACAAUUGAAAUUAAUCUUAAUACAAUAAUUUCUUAACUCCUAUUUUUUUAUGUUCCUAAAUGUCUUAGAAAACUAAUAAAAGUAAUUACAUUCAACAUUAGGUUCAAGGGAACCAUUCGAAACAGAUCUAACAAACAAGUAAGAAAUCUGUAUUAUGCAUGCGUGCGUGCAUGCGUGUGUGCAUGAGAGAGAAAGAAAGAGAAAGAUCCCUCAUUACUAAUUGUGUCAACUUCUUCCACGUUACUUGUUAAGGAUUAAGGAGUAUCUGCAAUCAUGCGACAUUCCUUUUUCUUGAAACUCUCCGCGUAUGUUUGUAAAUUACAAAUUAUAAACAAAAUCGUCCUCCCGACGAUUUAACAUUUCAAAGAUUUAAAUACGAAAUGGACGAACUGUACAAUCAUUACAUAACAAAAUAAUAAACUUUGUUAAGAUAAUCCCUGUAGAAAUUUAAUACUAAAAAAGGCCAAAUAAUUACUUCCCAGCAAACACCAAGCAUGCAACUUGAUCUUUGCUGCGUUAUUUUGUUAAAAGUCCUAAUAAACAGUGCUUUUAACAAAAUAAGUAUUAAAUAAUAAUAAUUUGGCCUCUUCAGUAUUAAAUGUCUGGAAGACAAGUCGAAAAAACCCGCAGAUGUGUGCGGUUUCACGUUAUCAACCGGUUGUUUAACUUUAAAUACCGUUUUUGGCCUAGCUUCUUAUCGGGCAAAAUAUUUUAAAAAUGGCACCGUUAAACACAGAGAACACUCCUCUACCCGUUUCAUUGUCAGUAUACAUUCGAAUUUCGCUUAAGCCGUUUGUGUCCCGACACGCGCUCGGUAAUUCCUCGAAGUGAUAUGUACAUAUAGUUAUAUAAAAUGAUAUAAUUAAUGUUGAAUAGUCCUGUCUUAGGUCGCUGAAAUUCAGUUACGUGCACUCCUCGAAAAGAAAAAAUGAGAUUCCCUCUAUAUACCCAGCAAAAUUUUCUUAAGUUACGUGUAAAUAUAUUACGAGAGUUAUACGCGCGAGUGUUAUACCUUCGUUCGUUAGUGAAUUACCGAGUCACAUAACGUCAGCUAUUUAGUAGAAUGCACUGGAGUGCACGGUGCGCAUCGAGUCUUACAUCACGCGCGUAGCUCGUUUCUUUCAUUUUUUUUUACGCCUUCCGACAUGGCUGCUCGUCGGCGUAAAAACCACGAUAGUACUUGUCACUCCGAGAGCCUAGAUGGUAACGUUUUUAAAAUGAAUGACACUGGCGCGGUUCGCGCAAAAGUAACGGAAGAUGAUCGCGAUGGCGACGACACGUCGCGAAGAGAAUCGACGGAGUUUCUCGUCAAAUAUCGCGAUCGCGUUUACAAUAUUUACAAUUUCCUGAAAAAUCAUCCCGGGGGGAAAAACACGCUCAUACGUUUCAAGGAUCGCGCCAUGGAUGGCGAGUUAGCAAAAUAUCCUCAUUCUAAGUCCGCCUACUAUCUUCUCGAAGAAUUCGCUCUGAAACACCAAGAGAGAUACAACGAGUGCGAAAAUCUAGUAAACUGGGACGCGCCCCUCUUAUGGCAGGUGGGCUAUAUGGGCGAUCGAUAUUGGGAGUGGGUAAAUCUACCAGUAGAUCGGCCAAUUCGAUAUUUCCAAUCGGACAUUUUAGAGAUACUGUCGAUCACGCCGUGGUAUAUGGUGCCAAUCGUUUGGGUACCCAUAAUUACGUAUUUCCUUUAUAUGGGCUGCGUUUUACAUAUUUCAACAAACACCGCGAUUACAACAUCUUUUAAAAGUAUCGUACCGUCUGUCGUUCUGGGACUGUUUAUCUGGACUGUUGCGGAAUAUGUCCUUCAUCGAAAAGUAUUUCAUUUUAAACCACCGGAUGAUUCGAAAUGGCUGAUUACUCUGCAUUUCAUGUUCCAUGGAAGUCACCACAAGGCACCAAUGGAUGAACGAAGACUGGUAUUCCCACCCACGUUCAGUUUAUUUGUGAUAACAAUUCUUUGGCCAGUUUAUAAGAGCUUAUUUUCUCAGGCUCAUUUUGUCGCCGUUGGUAGUAUGAUAGGAUAUUUGUGUUACGAUUUAAUGCACUAUUAUUUGCACAAUGGCGCGCCGACAGCAGACUCGUAUCUAUACAAGAUGAAAAGAAGACACAACUAUCAUCAUUUUAUCCAUCACAAUCAAGGAUUUGGAGUUACCAGCGAACUGUGGGAUCGAGUAUUUAAAACGGCACUAAGUCUGCGAAAAUUAAACGAACCUAUAAAAUGGUGAAGCGGCUCGAAGAAAAUGCGACAUUCACAUUCAUUAAUAACAUUAAUUUGUUUUAACAUUUUUAUUGUACAAAUAAUAAUUUAUUAUUAUUAAUAUAAUCGCAAUAACUGUAAUUAAAAUAAGUACAGUAUUGUUUUUACAAGUAUUGCGCUUUUAUCAUAGUUUCAGUACUCUCGAGUGAUUUAAGUACAUGAAUCUUUAGAGAAAGAUUCAUUCAAACUUUUAUAUCAUAUAUUUAAGUGAUUAAAAGUCUUUAAAAUAACAAUAUAAUAAUCACAAAGUAAAAUUUGAUAAAUAUGUAUUUUAGCAGCUUUUAAUUUUAUUUAAUUUGAUUAGUUGUAUUAAAUGGUAUAUUAAACAAGACUUUGAAUUA